UCAGUUCCUUUCCAUCCUCCUUCGCUGUGCUCUCGCAUAUCUCAUUUUUUUUACAAUGUACAUACAGUAAUAAUAAAGAGUAAGUAACUUGCACAGCGCGAAUAGAAUUGUAAUUUUAUGUAGCACGUGGAAGCGUAUAAACUUUAAUAGUGGAUAAGCAGUGUACGUUAAAAUGUGUUAAUCGUUAUUAUAUUGGGUGUUCCUCUAGUAGUCUGGUAUUCUCUCCAAUUCUCUCUCGAGGUGUCGGAAACAAUGAAGGAAGGAAAUCCUCCUUUUUCGAAAGAUCAGAAAUUAAAUGUAUCACGAUCGCGUUUGUAUUUAUAGGCCGUUUUUAUUUUAUUUUAUAGGUUUAUCAGCAUUCGUAUUGUGUUAGAAAUAGGUCUUUAAGAGAUUCACAAGAGGAUCGUUUUAUGUCAUGUCAUAGUACUUUUAUAGUUCUGAGCAAAUACUUUGUGACAUACAACGCAAUGGAGGUAGAACAGACAAUUGUGGAAGUUAUGACUUCAGAAGACAAUCCAAGUAAUGAAAAUCAGAAUACUUUGGAUUACGGGGGAAUCUCCAGCACACAACAUGAAGAUCAAAAUUUGGAACCAUGUAUAAAAUCAAUGAAAUCAGAUCAUGAUACUAGAUCGACUGAUACCGACAAUAGCCACUGUAAUGAUAUCAUGGAUGAAGAAACUGCAUGUUUCAACAAUAAAGACAGUGGUUUACACAAUGGCUUAUGCCAAGAAGAUUCAGAACAUAAUGAUGAUUUACGGCAAUUUGAUGUAUUAGAUGAUCUAGAUCGCCAUCCAGAACAAAAUGAUGGUUCCGAUGAUGAAUCGGAUACAGAUGAGAGUAUGGACUCUGAUGUACCGGAUGAAGAAAUUGAAGCAAUGCUUGAAGAAGGUCUUCCAGAAGAAUUUAAAGGGAAAAGAAAAGAUAAAAAAGAUCGCUUGCCUUAUGAGGAAAGAGAAAAACUUGUUUUGGAUGAAAUUGGACAUAAUCAUUUUGACGUUUUACCUGAAGGAUGGGUACAAGUAACACACAACAGUGGAAUGCCAUUAUACCUUCAUAAACAAAGUAGAGUUUGUACAUUAGCAAAACCCUACUUUCUUGGUCCAGGGAGCGUUAGAAAACAUGAAGUUCCUGUAAGCGCCAUACCUUGCCUUCAGUACAAAAGAGCAUUAAUGGAAGAGGAAGAAGAACGAAAGAAAGAGAUGGAACGCGCACCAAAUGCUGAAGCUUGCAGUCUUCCCAGCGCAAAGAUUGAAACUAUACAAGAGAAUCGUGCGGCACAUUCAUUAGAUAGCGAACAAUUAAGAAAUUAUUGUCAGUCUUUGUUUCGUUUUAAAUCUAUUAAAGUAAUGAGAUUUCAAUCUUGGUCAGCGCGUCGCAAAUUUACGAAAAUUAAAAAACAUCGUAAACAACUUGAGCGUCCAACUUUACCGGAUGGUACAAAAUUAAUAACUUUCCCAAUCAGUAGUUCUAGUGGAAGUGGCAAUUGGAAUAUUGCGGACGAUAAUGGACAAAGACCUGCAAAACACUGGAUAAUGAAUCCAUCAGGCAAAAGUUAUGUUUGUAUUCUUCAUGAAUAUGUGCAGCACGCAUUAAAAAAACAACCAACAUACAAAUUUAAAGAAUUAGAAAAUGCAGCGACACCGUAUUCUGCGGUAGUUUGUAUAAAUGAUAUGGAAUAUGGCAGUGGAUUCGGCAGUAGCAAGAAACAAGCGAAGGCUAAUGCAGCUCGAAAAACCCUUGAAAUUUUGAUUCCUCAAAUGAAAGAUAAAAUUUCUGGUGAAAACGGCGGUGAUAAUGGAUCAAAUAAUGACAGUCGCACGAUAAAAGCAUCAAGAGGAAAUUCUGAUGCCGACCUUUCGUUUUUCGACGAAAUAUCCAUCACGGAUCCGCGUGUUGCAGAAUUUUGUGCGAAAACUACAGAACCUUCCCCACAUGCUAUUUUAAUAACUUGUCUUCAAAGAAAUUAUGGUUUAGGAGAUAUGCACAUUAAUUAUUCGGUAAAUACGUUGAAACAUCAACGAAAUGAAUUUACAAUGAAGGUUGGAAAACAUGAAGCUACUGUUGUUUGUCGUAAUAAGAAAGAUGGUAAACAACGAGCGGCACAAGCAAUACUACAACUUAUACACCCACAUAUACAGUCUUGGGGUUCCUUGCUACGUCUUUAUGGAUCGCGAAGUGUGAAGUCUUUUAAGGAAAAGAAACAAUUGGAACAAGAAAUAACCCUUUUGCAGGGUAAAGCUGCUGUUAAUCAACCAAAUCAUGCUAUUUUAGGUAAACUUAGGCAAGAGAUGCGAAGAUUAGCUGAACAACGCGAAGCAAUACAACCUAUUGGUAAGUUUGUACCACCAGAUUUACCAACAGGAUCUGCAGCCAAUCUCAAUAAUGUAGAUUUAUGAAGAGAUAAUUAGAUAAUUUAUAUAUAUAUAUAUAUAUACAUAUAGAUUAAUUAUAUAUUCAGGAAACUAUUCUAAUAAAUUAGAUAAUUUAUAUAUAUAUACAUAUAGAUUAAUUAUAUAUUUAGGAAAAUAUUCUAAUAAUAAUAUACAUAAAUAAUAUACAUAUUAAAUCUGAAACUAGAAAUUAUCUUCUCGUCACUCUUGAAAAUUAUAUUACCAUUUUUGUACAAGUAUUUUUACAUUGUAUUAAAAUUAGUAACAUUAACUAUUUUUAAGUUUUUUUUACGAAACAUUUCUUAAAUAAAUUUCCUUAAUCAAAAUUGAUAUGUUAAAUUGCAACAUGCUGGAUAUUUAAAAUUUAUGUUUCUAUAAUUCUCUCUGGAGAAUUUCAAUCACAUUUUAUUAUAUAUACCAUUAUUUUUUUAUGGUAUAUAUAAAAACAAAAUAAUUGUUGUUUUUUACUCUUUUUUUUUUUCACAUACUAACAUGGCAAUAGUUGCAAAUAUGAAAAAAUAAAAGAGAAGAAUUUUAAUUUUUAAGGGAACAGAAUAUAGAGUUUUAUUGUAUCAUAAGUAACAUAUAAGUGCAGACAUGAAUAUAAUGUAAUUGAAAAAAACAUUUAACAUUGACGAUUGCCUAAUAUACAAUAGAUGAUAGACUACAUUUAUAUUCUGUUCCAUAAAAGAAUUAAACUUCAAUUUUCAAUUGUAAUAAAAAUCAAAUUAUUCUCAUGAAAUUUGAAAUACUGUACUGUAGACAGAUCAUAUAAUUUUUGUUCGUAUGUGUAUGAAUGUAAUAUAAACGUAAAUACGAUUGUACAUUUAUUGUAAAAAAAGUUUAUCCUUGAAAUAAAUGAUGUAAACAUGAUGUAAAGCCGAAUAUAGACUUAAUAAAAUCAUUUUGUAGAU